AUGACUGAUCUUACAAGUUCAACACCAUCAACAUCACUUAACACAUCUCAAACAGCAACAACAACAACAGGUUCAAAUGCUAACAAAAAAAGCAAAGUAAAUCCAUUAAAUAAAAACAAAAAAGUAAAAAGUUCAACAACAACUCAUCCAAAAUAUUCUAUUAUGAUAAAACAAGCGAUAACACAAUUAAAUGAUCGAAAUGGUACAUCAAAAGCUGCUUUAUUAAAAUAUAUAUUAGCUAAUUAUAAAGUUAAUUCAAUAACAGCAAAUCAACAUCUUAAAUCAGCAUUACGUGCUGGAAUUAAAAAUAAAACAUUAAAACAAACAAAAGGUAUUGGAGCUAGUGGAAGUUUUAAAUUAGGUUUAACAUUAUCAAAUAAUAAAAAAACAACAAUUCAUAAAAUAAAUAAAUCAAAAAAUCAAUCAAAAACAACAACUCAAAAGAAAAAAUCAACUAAAACAAGUAAAUCACGUUCAUCAUCGAAACCUAAAUUAUCAAGUGAAACUAAUAAACGAAAGCGUUCAACAUCUCCAACUAAAAAAGUUUCAACCAAGAAAAUUCAUACGACUAAUAACAAUAAUCCAACAACAAAUACAAAUACAAAUACAUCAUCAACAACUGUUUCAACACAUACUAAUCAAACAAAUAAAAAACCAACAACAAAUAAUAAAAUAGUUAAAACAGAUAAACCUAAAUCAAAAGCAUUAAUAAAAACAAAAUCUAUAGAUAAACCUAAAAGUCAAAAUAAUAAAUCAACACCAUCAAAGAAAAAAGUUCAUAGUCGAUCAUCAAAAGCUAAAACAAAAUUAUCAAAAUCUAAAUUAUCAACUGCAAAUACAAGUUCAUCAGGAAAAAAAGUUCGUAAAAGUGCAAUAACAAAAAAAAGUCAAAGUCAAAGUCAAAAAAAAUCAUCAACCAAAAAAUGA